CGCUGGACUCCAAAUAACAAACCUGAAAAAUCACGCCACGACGGCUUCUUCUUAUCUGCAAAAACCAAAUCAAUUCAUCUUUCUCUCUCCUCUGAUUAAAGACUGCUCGUCGUCCCCUCUCUCGGAUAAGAAUCCGCCAUGAAAAUAAAGAACAAAGGUAAAGUUUAUCCAUCUCCUCCUUCGAGCUCUCUCAAUGGAGAUGGCUUUCUCUCUGUCUUGAAGCUUCUUCCCGCCGCGAUCCUUGUUCUCGCUUCGGCUCUCUCAGCCGACGACCGUGAAGUCCUCGCUUACUUGAUCACUAGGUCCCUCAAAACCACCACCGCCGUCUCCGCCGUCGGAAAGUUCAGGAGCCCCUCCUCGUCGUCUUCCUCCACGGCUCAUGACUCUAAGAAGAAGAGGAAUAAAUCUGGGAAAAAAGGUGAAACCCAUCAACCACCGGAGUUCGAUUGUGAGUGUUUCGAUUGUUACACCAGCUACUGGUUCCGAUGGGAUUCAUCGCCGAAUCGCGAGCUCAUCCACCAAGCCAUCGAGGCCUUCGAAGAUCAUCUGAUUAGAGGCGAAGCCUCUGCUUCCGCUUCUUCCCAGAAAUCCAAGAGAAACAGCGGCAGGGGCAAGAAGAAAGAGAAAUCCGGUCGUCGGGGAGGAGACAAGCCCAAACCCGCCGAGCCGUUGAUCCAAACCGACGAAUCUGCCGCCGAUGACUCCGCCGUUUCCGAUCAAAUCCCCCUCCUGUCCCCUGCGGGCUCGCCGGGCAGAUUGACCGACGAGGGAGGUCCUAACGUAGCGGAGAGAAAAAAGGAGGAGGUAGCCGGGGAGAGACCGGAGAGUUCGCCGGUGAUUGUACGGACGCCGGCGGGAACUGAACGGAAGGGUUUGGCGAGGAAGGUGUUGCCGGACGUGUUAGGUUUAUUCAAUUCGCGUUUUUGGAGCCUCUGGAAUCCGAACGCGUAAGAUAUCAUCGGAACUAAUGCUCCUUUUGCUUUUUUUUUUU